AUGGCACAAAUAAAGAAAAAGUCUAUAUUGAAGUGGAGAUCAAGAGAACGGUGGCAGCACCACACCAGAUACAGAACAACUCAAUAUUUCCUACGGUGUCUGUUUUCUGCAUGUUUUCUGCAUGUGUUGUUGCUGCAGACGAAGAACCAGGAGGAGAAGAGGCUGUGGGUCCACUACCUCAAGAGACUGAUUGUAGAAAACCAUCCCGCUUCUCUCCCACAGAAGGCGAGGCAGGUCCUGGGAGACAACUUCUGUCAAUCUCCUCAGUUCGACCCGGACAACCUGAAGAAGUCGUGUGCAUCGCCGCGAUUGGACGAUAGCCGCGGCUACCACAGAGGCAGACGCCAAUCAGAGCCUCCAGAGCUGCUGCUGUACACACCUGAGAAGUCCAGGAAGAGUCUUCCACUGCUGCUGGAGGGAAACCUGCCGUACAGACGCACCAGGAGACAGUCAGCUCCGGCUAAAGACAUCGAAGCAGCGUUUCAUCCCAACGCCUUGAAGCAGGCGGGAAGCGAGGGCGAGCUGUGUCAAGCAGACAGUCUGGGCUCGGCGGGCAGCAGCAGCACGCUCGCGUCCUCCGUCAUCGAGGUGGAGGCCGAGAGGACCGAACCCAGUCUGAUGCCACAGCUGCAACCAAACCGAGAGGAAGAGGACGAGGAUGCAGAGGAGUUGACCCCCCUCAGCCCUCUUCCCACGCUGUCCAUCACCGAAGAGAUCCUGGAGUUCAUCAACCAGAGCAGAGCCAGGGAGGGACUCACCGCCAUACACACCGGCCCCACGGAGCAGGCCCUGGAUGAGCCUAAAGAGGGUCAGCCUCCAUCUAACCAGACCAACUUCACCUCCCCAUUGCCACCAGUCUCUUGCCCCUCCAAUCCACAACUAAUACCCACAAUGCAGCAGGAGCAGGAAAGAGCAGAGUUGGAGAAGGACAGCAAGCUUCAAGGCCAGACUGGCGCCUCUGGAGAGGAAAACGAUCUUGAAAAUGAAGUCCAAGAACUUCCAGAUGCAUCAAGUGAAGUGGAAAAGGGUGUGGAGGAAGAUGGAGGGUCUCAUGAAGUGUUAGAAAAAGAGAAAGAAGAGGAGAAAACAGGGGAUAAAGGAGAAGGAGAGAGCAUCAUCCCUGGUGCAACAUCAGAUCUGCGUCCCUCAAUCUCAGAGGAGGAAGAAAGAGAGAACAGCAGCAGUUGUCUUUCACAAAGGGAAGAGGUGAACCCUGAGGCCACAACUUCCUCCCCCUCCCCAAAUCCAGAGCUCCCUCAUCACCCCAUCCCGAGAUACAAGCCACCCACGAGAGGCUCCCACCUCACCAAGCGUGACAAGAAGAUCAUCGAAAAGAUCAGGAGUUACUAUGAGGCAGCAGCCGAGGCCGAAGAGAAUGAGGCAGAGGAGGAAGGUGAACAGGGAGAAGGAGUGGCAUCAAGAAGGAGAAACAGUUUCUCACAAAUCCCAUCUGGCUUGGUGAAGGAGUCGGUAUCCCGCUUUGAUGUGAAUGGACCCCAGGGGGGGCCAGAGAGUGGGCAAUCCAAUUAUGAAACAACUGAAACUUUUGAUCAGGAGACUGAUCAAGAAACAGAGCCAUAUUCCCCCACUGGUCCCAUCUCUUCCCCAACUCUACCCUCAGCAGAUGCAGAGAAUGAUGGACGGGCAGAUGAACCAAUCAGCUCCUUGGAUUUUGAUGUAGAGGACCCAACCUCACCAACCUCUAGCGUGAUACCGGACAAAGAGACCCCAAACAAAGUGGGCCUGAAUCUAGAGUCAAACCCAAACAGGGCUGUUGGACAAGAGGCUGAGAUACAGGACAUGAAUGGAAAAGUCUGCAAAGAACUAUCGGAGGAAAAGCAAGAGGUGGAGACAAGAGUUGUGGCUUCUGAGGAGAACGAUGGAAAUGCACCGCAAGGAGAAGGACCAUCUGUUACAAAACAGUCCAAGUGCGGAGAUGAAAUUAUCAAAACCAGUGCUGGAAAUCAAGCUGUUAUGAAUAGGCAUCAACCUAACCCAGCAGAACCAAAUGGAAGCCAUAAGGAACCUCCUACACCUCUGGCACCUACAGAACAAUGUAAAAAAACUGAGACCAAAACUGAUUCCACUUGGACCAGAACCAAACACAGAGACCUAGCCAGGACCAGUGGGAACCUUGAGGGUCUUCCCAGUCAGAUAAAAGUUGGUCGAUGGUCCCGCCACUCCAGGAUUGUCACCGCUAACCGGGUCUUGUUUGAGGGCAUGGGAUCAGAUGUAGCCGGCAUUGGGUUAUUUGAGGCUACCCCUGUAGUAGACCCCAUGCUGAUGGAAAACUCAGACCGUAUUCUGAGCAAGGUCCAAACAUUGGCCCGGAUGUACAGUGCCAAAGCCAGCACCAUGAAGGUCCCACUGCAUCAGAAACGGGCCAGCGCUGUAUGGAACCAAACAUGGGACUACAGUAGACUGUCUGGACACUCAAGUCAGACCCAAACUGAAAGCCAGGCACAGGUUCAAUCUCUGACGCAAUUACACACCCCAACUAAGUACCAGCAGCAAAAACAAUACCACAUGGAAGUCAAUCAAUCACAUACCCACUCCAAGUCCAAAUAUGGAACCAAAACUCACUCCGAGACCAAGGUUCAGAGCCAAACUGUAACACAAACAAGGCAGCAAUCGCAGAUCCAAACUAAAACUCAGAACCAAACCAGGACUUAUAGCCAAUACCAGACCCAAACCAUGAGCCGGGAGGACCAAACCACCCAGGAGAAGAGGAUGAUAAAGAGAGCAGAAAGCCGGACAAAUGAUUUCCAGGAGGAAGCGCUGACACCCGUUGAGCCUCUGCUGUUUGGACAUGUGUUUGUCAAGGAGCAGCUGGCCCCGGCCUGUCCCCACCAGACAAAUGGUUUCACCCUCUCCAGGCCCAGAGACUUCAUCUCCGCUUUGACUAAGGAAAGAGACUCCAUUGUGGGCUGUAUAUCAAGUGACAACAACCAGUCUUCCACCAGGCCAGGGGAAAGUCUACCAACUUCGCCAAGAGAUCUGUCAUCCAGUCAGGCUCAGGCAAACAACUACAACCCCGGGUACACCUCCACUGACAUGUCCACGGCUUCUACAGCAUUAGGGCAUCACCACAGAACACAACCUGAAGAGCCGAGCUCUAGUUUGUGCUUCUCUUCCAGUAACAGCCCGUUGACGUCAGCCAUGAACUCAGAUUGUAGAGUCACCGGGUUCAGGGACUACUGCUCUAACUGGGAGGUCCAUUCAAAAACUGAAGAGAGGGAGAAAAGAGAGGGGUCAGAGGAGCUGAGUGACCUGUGUGGCCCUGUUUAUUCAGUCAGAGAAGAAUCAACAUCUAUAAACAUCAUUAUUCAGCCAGCACACUCUGAGCCAAAUAUCUCUGCUCACAGCAUACCACAGUGGGAAAUGUCCAAAGAUGGAGAUGAGCAGGGCAAAUAUGAGCAGGAUAUAGCAGCUGCCCAAUGUAUACAAGAUAAAUACGCACCAGAAUACAAAAUGUCCACAGGACACACUGACAACAAAGAUGGGAGUGUUUGCUUGGUUUGCCCAGGACCCAUGGAUGGAGAGGCAUCCCCAGGGGAGCUAGUUCUGAUGGUAGCGACUACACAGAGUCAGGCUCCAACAGAGUACCACAAAUCUACAAAGCCAGGACUUGGCGUAGAUCAAUCCCAGAGGGAAACACUUUACCUGGCGGAGGGAGGCGCCACCGCCCUGGGAUCCUCCGGUGGGCCACAGAAAGAUGAGCCCCCAAGCGUUCAGAUGAAACUAAAUGAGACAAAGUAUGAUUCUUCCUCACAAACCAGGAUGAUUCUUCAAGGUUCAGCCGUGGUCUUUACGGAAGAGACCCCUUAUUUCAGAUCCUCAGGAGAACUGGUUGCAACCCCAGACGAUCACAAAGCAAGUGCACCAAGUCCAUGGUCAUCGGUUCAAAACACUGAAUCCAAUCCUACCCGACCACGCGUUCCUUCGGUGCAGUCGGCAGACUGUCUACCAACAUUCACCAGCCAGAGGCCGCAGAACCUACCCACUGCUAUGGGUAAACGGGCUCUGUCUAACACCAGUUGCAGGGAACCAGGUCAGCAGGACUCGCAAUCCCCAACCAGCCUGCCAUUGUCCGGCCGCCCAUCAGGCAGCCGCCCAUCUUCCAGACCAUCCUUGGAGACAUCCAACCUGGUGGAGAGACCUUACCAGGCCAUUGCCACCCCUGGCCAGAACACAGAUCAGACCUCAGCCUUUAGACCCAGCCUCAGGCACCGCUCCCCCUCCCCUGUUGGAGCUCUCCCUUCCACGCCUCCCUGCUCCUCACCUUUCAGGGUUAUUUCAGCAUCUUCACCGACCCCUGUAUCUGCUGAAGAUGCAUCCCUAAACACCGUCUCCAGGACUCUUCCCUGUUUCUCUCCUACUCCCUCUUCUGGCAGGGGUUCCUUGCUGCGAGCUCGCCCUGCCUCCCCUUCUACACCCUCCUCUCCUUUCACUCCCUCGUCCUCUUCCUCUGGGAGGUCUUCAUCCAUACGAGCUGGUCCUCCUUCCUCCCCUACACCAUCUUCGUCUUCUCUCCGAUCUCCCCCCUGUACCUCCCCCAUUGCUUCUUCCUCUGCAUUCACCAGAUCCUUAGCUGCCUCCUGUAUUAGCCAGUCCAUCAUUCAGAGUAUGACGAAAAAGAACAAUGCCCUGCAACAAGCCCCACCCAUAAACACAGUACACCAAAGCCCCUCCUCAACAUCUUCCUUACCCUCCUCUCAUCUACAACGGCGCUCCCCUUCACCUAAACUCCCUCCGAGUCAGCAGGGCUCGAGCACGCCUGCGUAUGCCCAGCUGGGGUGCGCUAAAGAUGGGUACCAACAUCCAAGGGGUCCGCCGUCCUCUCUCUGGUCCUCUUGCCCUUCUCCGUCUCCCAUGCAGUCACCUCCUCCCUCUCUUUCCCAACGCUCCCCCUCCCCGUCUAUGACUCUGACCAAUCAUCAGCCAUCUUCUCCUUCCCCUCGACCCUCAUUCCUUCACUCCAAAACGGACUCAUCACAAAACGCAAACAACAACAACAACAACAGCGUUGGCAUACACGCAGCGAAUAGCAAUGCAAGUAAUACCAGCAGCUGUAGCCUUUACCGUACCGUGAGUAAUGGGGGUUGGUCCGGAAGUCCACAGAAGGCGCUGCUAGCUAAUGGUAGCACUAAUACGACAGCAAUGCAACAAACCCCUGAUCCUCUCUGGUCGGGGUCACACAAUCGUGUAGCUCGCCCUUUUUCUGCAUCCGAACCCAGCUCACGAGUUCAGUCCCCAUCUCCCUCUCCAACCCUUGCCUCAUUCACUCGUCUCUGCUCCCCACCUCCUCAACAUAAUUACUCCUCCCCGAUGGCGAACAAACCUCCCCACCCCCGGAGUACACGGGUAGGUGCCAGUUCCCAUAAUCCACUCGGGCUCACUUUGGAGCUACCAAGGACCUCUUCCGCAAGUUCAGCAUUUGGGCUGUCUUCGUCAUGCCUAAGCCCUCGGAUCCUCUCCCCGCCUCCUAUUGGCGUGUCAGUGAAUGCUUGGACAAAUAAUGUUGCAGCACCUCAACCCAGAAACCCUCGAUAUGCUUCCGCCUCUCCCUCUCUUUCCUUUUCAUCCUCAUUAGGCUCACCAACACUGGAGAAUGCCUCUUUCCCCAUUUCUUCUUUGCGUACUUCCAGAGCAUCUUCCCCUUCUGCAACCUGUCCUCCUGCAACCUCCCAAACCCUCCGUAGGUCUUUCUCCUCCAACCUGGCAGACAGAUCCCCUAGCCCAGCCCGGAGCAACCCUAGUGGACUGCGCCGCUCUUGGGCAGACAGCAGCCGCAGGUCCCUUGGUUUCAGUGGUAGUGGCCGAGGGUCCUUUGACCAGCAGGAGUCCUGUCCAACCAGUCCAAGGAGUGGGUGGUCCUCGUACGGCAGCUCACCAUCCUGCCUCAGCCCUCGAGCUGGGCUUCAAUCCCCACUGUCACCUGGCAGGCUCACCCCAGGGAAGGGCACCCUUGGUGGGCAGCAUUUCACCAGUGUGCCCUGGCCAGACGUACGAGAGCUUUCAAACAAAUAUAAUGGAACUGAUAGUCUCGAUUCAAGUGCCACUUCCACCAUCAUCGCCUCCCCUCCUGCUCCUCUCUCCUCACUCUCCCACACCCUCCUCUCCUCUCCUGUUCCAUCGGACAGACAAACAGAAUGGGGAGACCCAGAGCUAGAAGAGGGUAACUGUCGUAGCCAGCUGAUCUGCGCCUACGUUGCCCGGCCCUCCUGUGUACAAAAUCUCUCUUCCUCGUGCAUGGUUCUCUCUUCCUCAGACAUGACAUCCCCUCCACCUGCAUGCUACCAACACCACAACUUCCAAUCCACAACGCCUCCCCUACCUUCAAACCCUUCCCCCUUGCCCUUGAGCUCAUCACCACUACCAUUCGCCCAUUCAUCUCCUACCAAACAGGGGAACCAGAAGACCAGUUAUGCCACCACGGUUAACCUCCAAAUUGCUGGAAGUGGCCGAAUAACCUCCUUCAGCACCGCACAAGUUAGCCUGACCCAAACCCUGCAGGGUGGAGCCGAAGCCAGAGGACCGGGACAGGGGCAGAUGACGAGGAGAGUAAGCAUCAAUGGACUUUCACACCUUCCUUCCCCUCUUCCUCAGAGCUGUAACAGGCUAUGAAAGAGAGAAGUCUUUCUUUCAUGGCUGUUCAAGACAAGAAGGGUCAAAAGUAAAGGUAAUGGAAAGAACAAGACAUCAGAAAAGAUGUGCACUUGGGAAUUUACCUCAGAGACACAAAUGAUGCAUCAUAAGUUGUUGUGUAACUGCUGGUUUCAGUUGGCCCAGGUGUCCAGAGCUGUUCGCUGGCUUGUCAUGAACCAUAAAUCCCUGUAACUCCACAAGUCCUCCUUGCUGAAAAUGACCUUUAUCAAAUGGCAAAGCAUGGGGGACUUCAACUUGGGAAAAAGUUCACAUUUGAGGGACGUAAUGAAUGUUGUCAACCAUAUUCGACACUGAUUCCCCACAGCGUGAUGGGAUGCAUUUGGGGUCGGAUGUAAUGCAGACUAAACAUUUAAUCUUGGGAGCUUUUGGAAAAGCUUUGUAUCCUUGCAUUGAACAGGUGACCUUUCAUGAAUGGACAUUCAACCACCACACAGCUUGUAUUUUUAGAUCUGGGCUAAUGACUUUGAAUUGGAUGCCAAUGGAAUUGCCAAAGGAAUUGCUUUGAAGAUCCUAAUAUUGUAAAAAGUAAAGAAAUACAUUGCGAUCAAUGUAAAUAAAUCACCCACCGAUGGAUGUGAUGAAUUUGUGAAUGCGCCAGUCCAACACUCUGAUAACACAUCUGAUCUGAAGUCUGUUCAGUGCUCAGUUCGCUUUUUGAACGUCUCUGGACUCUUUCUGUGGAUGCGCUGACAUUUUUGAGGAACAAUUAAUUUGACAAACUUUUGUAAUACACGCUUAAAUCAGUAACUUUUAUCUUAACAUUUAUUGAGCUGGAGUACAUUCUUUUUUUUGCUAAUCCUGCAAACACAGACACGUUGAAAGUCGAGUGUCCGACCAGUGCUGUAUGCAAUCGUAGUUACUUAUUGUAUUAUUAUUAUUUUGGUAUGUUUGUUUGCUGUUUUUUCUAUUUUUUUCUUUUAUAUUCUGUUGAACAAACAUUUCAGGCUAUCUGAGGCCAGUGUUUAAGGUUGGUGAUAACUGUGGUUAUUAAUAAUCUAUCUUUUUAACCAUUUUAUAAUUCUUUUUAUUUUAUUGUUUAUUUAUGAGGUUAGUCUUAUUCUCUUUGGCACUUAUUAUCCUUAAAGUAAUGUCGGUAUUUUGCACAGUGUCCUCAGCUUUUGGGUGCAUGCUUCAAAGUGUGUGUGUGAGUGUUUGUGCAUGUGUGUAUAUGAAAAUGACGCGUCUGGUAAAUUCUCCUUUAACUUCAGACCAGGCCAAUAUCCAUGUGUUUUGAAUGCUGUGUCUGUUCCCAUAUUGAUGUACGUAGUUGGUUCAUUGAGUUUACUCUCUCUUGUGUUGUCAGUGCCCUUCAGAGAACUCCACUUGGUUUUCAAAAGUUGUAAAGGAACGUCAUUAGGUGGAAAAUACAGAAUAGGAUGAAAGGUUUUACAGGUGACGUAUGGACUCUUUCGUUAACAGUUGAUGAUUAAUGCAAAAGGCUUACAGUGUUCAAUUUAUGUUUGCCAAUUAAGCAAGGCAAGGCAUCUUUAUUUGUAUAUAGCACAUAUCAGCAACAAGUGCUUUACAUAAAACAUAAAAGAGCAGUUCAAAACAUUUGUUAAAGAGAAUAUAAAAACAGCUAAAACAGAAUAAGACAGGUAUGAAAAACAGGACUUAAACUUACAGUGUAGUGUAAUAACAGAACAAUUACUUAAA